CUUUUUGUCUCUCUUGUUUUUUGCCGCAUAUAAUUGAUUGACGACGCUGUGACGCUGGCACCAUCCCGCCCAUGCCCAUCCUCGCCUAUGUAUCUCUAAACAGCUUGGGCUAAGCUGAGCUAGGCUAGGGCGGACCGGUGAGGUGGUAUCCAUCAGUGAUGCCUGCGAGUUAACCCUCACCCAGCUCACGCUUCAACCACCCUCCAGGGCCCUUUUUACGCUUUUACUGCGUACGGCCAGGAGAUCGACCAGGUUGAUAGGUUAUCCCCGUGAGGCUGUAUGGUCUAGCCAUUCUCGACAUUUCCUAUCUAUCAUUUUUCUAUGACUUCAAUUCGCUCUCCAACAUUACCUGACUUUUUUAAUGCUGUUUUCCACAUAUAUUUUCAGAUAUAAGCGACAUCGACACCAACUUCAAAUGUUGCCACGGCGCUUUUAUGACACGCAGUUCUCAAUAGACUCCAUUAAUAAAUACCCCAAACCCUGGGCUUGGUACGAGAACUAGGACUAGGAACAGGCUAGCUUCCGAUAACUCGAUCUCUUUUAUGGGGAGGACAGAGGCUAGCUAGAGGAUAGCUAGUUACACGACGGACCUAAAUUCCUAAAUUUGGGACUGCUGUGCGACUCAAGAGCCCAUCUGCCCGAGGCCCUAAGAUCCAUAAUGACUAUAGCGUCAGAUCCCAAGGACCCCAAUACCAAUACUACAAAGCCCGCUCAUUCCAGGUCUCCACCACCGACCGCUAAUCCAGAUCCUAACGCACCGCCUACCAAACGACGUGCCCCCAUAGCCUGCCGAAGAUGUCGGCGAAUGCGAAGCAAAUGUAUUCAUGACAAGGCGCCUCCUUGCAAGUCUUGUUUAGAGGCGAACGUGCCGGACGAAUGUGUCUUUCCGUCCCGUGGCGAACUGGAUCAGGACCGCUCGUUUCGACAUCCACGCCAGAGAUCCGAUAGGAAAAGCAAAAGUGACGUUAAAGUCAAGAAAGAGUCGCCUGCUUCUCCAGGCCAUAUACGCAAUGCUCUUUCUGACUGCAAGCUUGCCGAGUUUGAGAAUGACUGGGAUCUGCUUCCAGCUGUUGACAUUGUCGUCGACGGUAUCAAUAAUUUUACCCAGAACUUCUUCCAGUUAGGAUUCAUACCAAAAACGAAGUUCCCCGCACUUGUUAAAGAAAAUCCUUCGUCUGUCAGCGUAUUUCUCUUGUUAAGUAUCCUCGCAAUCUCAGCUAGAUUCAACAAGUCUUUGAUAGAAGCCUACGGUGAUGGACUCAAGGCGGCGACCGAGUUCAUGCAUAGGGCUCAGGGCCUUGCUGUCCACGAACUCUAUCAGCAACCUACUCUGGAGAGAUGCCAAGCCUUUUACUUGCUGAGCAUUGCUGAGCAGGGGAGUGGUAAAUCAAACACGAGCUACAUCAGCGCAGGUAUCGCUUUCAGAAUGGCGGCUUUGAUGCGGCUCCAUCGUGAGGAGGCCUAUAGUCCUAUCACGCCGCAGUCACCUAUAGAACAUCGGAUAUUGGCAGAGUCUGCUAGGCGCACAUUUUGGAUGUUACAUAGCCAAGACAACCUUCACUCAGGCCCAUAUAAGCCAUUGUCUCUCGCACCUGGAGAUAUCACCGCUCUCCUUCCGAGCGAGGAAGAUGAAUUCGAGAAUGGCAAGAUCCCUAAACAGCGGGCAGCUCUCGAGGGGACACCGCCGGCUAUCCAGAACCCGAGUCUCACGAUCCUUAGGCCUAGGUCUUUAUUUGCAUCUUUGAUGCAGAUACAUAAUCUAUGGGGGAUUAUCGCUCGACGAGUUCUUCUCAACAAGAGAUGCGGGCGGCCUCAUGAUAGUGGUAACGAAUUUGCCAAGUUGAAUAGGAAACUCCUAGAGUUCGAGCAAAACCUUCCCAGCGAUCACACUUUUGGUAAAGUCCUGUUGCGCGGCUACAGGGAUUACGGGGUGGACUUGGCUUACCUUGGUCUUACAGGCUCUAUCCGGCUCUGCCAUAUAGUCCUACGCAAAGAAUACAUGGAAGAUAUGAUUCGCCAUGCCCAGGGGAAUCCUUCGAACCCCGAAGUGAAAUUCUAUAACAGCAUGGCAGCAGAGUUGUUCUUCAACGUCAGAAAGUUAUACUCUCAAAUUGAUGCUCAUUACGAAAGUGGUAUCGAAAUUGGAAGAGUCGGUUCUCAGAUGGCAGGAUUUAUCAUCUACGGUUGCGGGCUAUUAGCCUCAUAUUUGUGCAAAUUCCCUCAACUGGACGCCCAUCAUGCGGGACAAAACUUGGAGACCAUACAAGCAGAAGGUCGCGCUAUGUAUAUCCGCAUCGUAACUAUCCUCAGAGAGUGCCAAAAAGUAUGGCCUCUUGCUGAGACCUGGUGCAAUGGUCUAGAAAAAUGGUACGAGGACUCGAAUCCUAAACGGAUAUCGUUCCAGGCUGGCACCAUGACAGACGGAAAAGAACCACAACCUCACGUCCUCAACGUCUUACAUCCCCCAACGACCACGACAUGCCUCCAGCAAUCCGAAUCCAUCAACUUCGGCCCAUUACGUUCAACGCCCCCGAGAGCACAAACAGAGGAUCGAAGUCAGCCUAAAGCCGGAAAAGGCACGGAGCCGCACCGCCUCGCGCCGCUGCAACAGACACAUCCCGGGCUAGUCCAACCCGUGUGUCUGCCCCCGCUUUCCCAAACGCCGUACGGAGCGCAUCACCAACAGCCAGCGGCACCGCAAUCCCAACACCAUUCUCAACCUCCUCAUGCUCCUCAUCCUCCGCAACUUCAGAAUUUCGUACAACCGCCAUACGCGAAUGCGAGUGCGAACCUCAGCCUCAACAUGCUUGCCGAGGCUUCAAACCAGUCUCCGGGAACGGUCCCGUACAACCAACCACACCCGGCGGCUUACUACCCCGAGUACCCACCGCUGAACGAUGGGUUCGAUAAUAACCUACAGAUAAUGGUUAAUGGUGUCGAGGGACAGUGGUCCGGGACCGAUGUUACGGGUGUGGCGUACGAUGCCUUUGAUAUACCUAGCUAUCUUCCUCAGAGUUAAGAAGGACCCUAAGCACGCUAUCGCUGUUCAAAUACGAGACAUCCCGGGUUUACAACCAGAAUACAGGCGCUUCCGGGGUGUACAAAUAUACGUCCUUAUAUCUACCUAUACAUAUACAUAUAUUUCCUUUGCACUCCAGAAAGCAAGCGAUCUAUACUUAUUUUUAUUUUUAUUUUGUUUUAUUUUUAUGACUACUUGUUACAUAUCGGCCAAGAUUAUGGGACGGAUGGUGCUAUGGGUGGGAUGGAUGGAAGAUGGGACGAGAUUGAUUUGGAUAUAUGGAUGGGUACAAACAUUUAACUAUAUCGGCAUAUAGGAGUACACGCUGUUUAGGAGGAAAUAUCAUGGUUGUUAGGUAGGAUUUAGAAUAUAGGGGACUUUGACUUUGAGGCUAUACAGAAAGUGCGUGAUUAAUUGUUCGUAAAGACUAAGGAAUUAUCGAAUCUUUGCCCUUGUAUCGAUAUCAUCGUGUACUU